AUGAAGGACACUCUAAGAUCAAAAAAUGGAAAUGAAGGCUCUCCACUUGCUUUGCGUCUACCUCGGGCGUUCGAUGAACAUGGAGAACAACUGAAAGGAGAGUUAAACAGGAGGCAAAGAACAGCUUGGGCCGCUUUUGGGCCCCCAAAAAAACCACAGAUCGCUAUGCACCCAGGGCUCCGAGCCCACCCUUUUGAUUCUAUCGUUCUCGCAGCGCUCUGUUAUGCGUCAAAAGUAUGGCCUUCUUUGUCUACGCCAAAGGCUCCAAACAACCCACGCGCUGGAAUGACGUCUUCUGACGUACAACGUACAAAAGAUCGCAAUCCAGAGAACUACAUUUCUAAAGGAAAAUCGAGGGGGCCCUAUAAUGAGAAGAUCUCCCUCAAAACCAACUCAGGUCAGGAAAUUAGAAAAUACAUCAAAGUGGCCAUAGGCACAACGCAAGUGCCAAACUGUGCCAUUCUGCCUAUUAGUCCACCAAUGGACGCAGCCACGCCUGCAGCAGAUUCCCCUCGUAGUGGAGUGGAAAACAAAGCAGAUACAUCACCGUAUGAUUCUACAGCAGCAGUUGGUCACGAAGAGCCUGUUCAGCAUACUGGUGAAUCCAUAACAAUAGCAGAUGACGAAGAACUUCCGGAAUCGGCUGAACAAACUUUUCCCAGCAAUGACCUUGAACGCAUCCCAACAGCAGCAGCACCUCUUGGAGUCCCAUAUCAAACAUAA